AUGCCUGUCCUCGGCUCGCUCCACUUCUUUCCUCACACCAACCCUCACCUCCCCCGGUACGACUUCAUCCACGCCGACUGGUAUGGCUUCCAGGAUUCACUCUCCGCUGCUCUGGACCUCCCGCUUCCCUUCGCCACUCCUGCUCAACUCGACGACCGAGGCGCCAUUCUCUCGCCUCUCCUGUUCGCCCUCCACAUUUCCGACUUGCAGCCCCCGCCUGGGACCUACCUGGUGCAGUACGCCGACGAUACCUGUCUCCUCGCCUCCUCCAUCUCCGAGCGGCUGCUCGGCGACCGCCUUGCCCGCGGACUCACCUCACUCAACGCCCAGCACGGCAGUUGCUGGGAGGACACGUGCAGAGGAAUCUGGUGCCGCGAGAGGCGAGUGCUGGCAGACACCGCAGCAAGUAGAGACCUGGUGGCGCUCCACCACAAAGGAACUAUCCGCCCCGACGCGUCUUGGGUGCCGCGCGCGACGCAGGUUGCGACAGGCCGCGGCGUGACUGCCGCACACGACUGCCCCCUCCCCUCCGCGCGGCACGUGCACGCGCAGCCCCCUCCCCUCUGUCCACGCCCCCUCCCCUCGCCCCUCCCCUACCCGCGCGCGCGACAAGUCACGACUUGCUCAGACUCGCUCGGCCGGACGCCCGCGGCGGGAGCUCCACCGAUGUGGCGGGCUCUGGCCGUCGCCUCGCUCGGACUGCUGCACCUGGCCUCAGCUUCGUUCGUGGGCCCGUUCUUCCUGAAGGAGCCGUCGUUCCGCGUGGACUUCGCCAACGACACGGGCGCGCGCGUCGACUGCACGGCGGGGGGCAGCCCGCAGCCCGACUUGUUCUGGGUGACGGGCGGCGGCAAGCCGGUGCGGCCCGUCUCGCAGAUCGUCGAGAUCCUCGCCAACGGCUCGCUGCUGUUCCUGCCCUUCCACCCGAGCGCCUACCGCCACGACAUCCACGCCAAUGUGUACCGCUGCGUGGCGUCCAACCCCGUCGGGCGCAUCGUCAGCAGAGACGUCCGCAUCCGAGCCGUUGUGUUGCAGUACUUCGAAGUCCAAAUAUACUACAACAAGAACAUACUUCGAGGCAACACAGCAGCACUUAAAUGUACAAUCCCAAGUUUCGUCCGUGACUACGUAACAGUCACAUCAUGGGUCCAAGAUUCAUCUUUUAACAUCUAUCCUUCUAUGAAAGGAGAUGGUAAAUAUCACAUGCUACCGUCGGGAGAACUUCUGAUACGGCGGGUCGAUGAAGGCGACAAAUACCACAGUUAUCAGUGCCGAGUGGUGAACACACUUACUGGCGUGACGUUACUCAGCGUUGGAUAUGCUCGGUUCACGGUGACAGGUAAAUAUCACAUGCUUCCCUCGGGAGAACCGUUAUCAUGGCGGGUCGAUGAAGGUGACAAAUACCACAGUUAUCAGUGCCGAGUGGUGAACACACUUACUGGCGUGACGUUGCUCAGCGUUGGAUAUGCUCGGUUCACGGUGACAGAUUCGAAUGCGAUCACUGCACCGCGCCCUCUGGAGAAGCAAAUCACCAUCAAUGCCAAGAAAGGACAGUCUGUUGUUCUGCCAUGCGUCGUCGAAGGAAAUCCUCCCCCGACAUACAAGUGGUUCCGCCAGGACCAGCACCAGCGGCGCACCGCCGUGGAGGCGGGCGAGCGCGUGUUCGCGGUGGGCGAGUGCCUGGCCAUCCUGCACGCGGACGAGUCUGACGCUGGCCACUGGGCGUGCGCGGCCUCCAACAGCGCCGGCACCGAGCGUCUGGAGCUGCGGCUGCACGUGACGUCACCACUGGCCGUGGCCAUGCAGCCGGCGGGGCAGGUGACGGUGGACGUGGGCGGUCGGGUGGAGCUCCGCUGCGUGGUGUCGGGGGCCGCCGUGUCGCCGCCCGAGUGGCUCAAGGACGGCCAGGCGCUGCUGGCCGGGGUCACCGCCGACAAGCUGCAGCUGGACAACGUGCAGAGGAAGGACGCCGGCAUGUACCAGUGCGUGGUCCGGAGCGAGGACGACUGCGCGCAGAGCUCCAUGCAGCUGCAGCUGGGAGCUGCCCAUCCUCAACUGCUGUACAAGUUCAUCAACCAAACGCUGCAGCCAGGGCCACCUGUGUCCAUAAAGUGCAUAGCAACCGGCAACCCCACGCCUCACAUAUCGUGGCGUUUGGAUGGAUUCCCGCUGCCUCAGAACGAAAGGUUCCUGAUUGGACAGUACGUCACAAUGCAUGGUGACGUCAUCAGUCACGUUAACAUAAGCAGUGUGCAAAUAGAAGAUGGUGGGAUCUACAAGUGCACUGCUAGUAAUCGCAUAGGAGAUGUAAGCCAUUCAGCUGAAAUGCGAGUCUAUGGGCUGCCUUUUAUCCGCCCAAUGUCCAACAUAUCGGCCAUUGCUGGAGAGCCUUUAUAUAUAGCGUGUCCAGUGGCAGGAUAUCCCAUCGAAAAAAUUACAUGGGAACGAGACGGCGACGCGCUGCCGCUGAACCGACGCCAGCACGUCUUCCCGAACGGCACGCUGCUGCUCCAGAACGUGCAGAGAGACGCCGACAAGGGCGACUACCGCUGCCGGGUGUCCAACAAGCAAGGCCACACCUCCGCGCAGACACUCACGCUCAAUGUUAUAGUUCCUCCUAGGAUAGGUCCGUUCACUUUUGGCGAGCUUAUCGAAGGCGUUCGCACGCAGGUUCAGUGCGUCAUCCAAGCCGGAGACCCGCCGCUCAUCCUCAAGUGGCUCAAGGAUGACAGUGCGAUCCCCCUGCGAUUAGGGAUUCAGUUGGUCGAAGACGCUCAUUCUAGCACACUGGCGAUCCCACGUGUGAGCAGAAUGCAUGCUGGGAAUUACACGUGCAUUGCCAAUAACCCAGCCAACAAGGAGGCGAGGGUCACAGCCCAACUUGUUGUUAGUGUGCCCCCAAGGUGGAUAUCAGAGCCACGAGACGUGAACGUCACACGUGACGACCAAGUUAUGCUCCACUGUCAAGCAGAAGGAUUCCCUAAUCCUAACCACGUGUGGCGUAAAGUUAUCGGAAGGCAGCCGAACGAAUACCAAAACGUUUCAUACAGAAGUCGAGGUAUUCAGCUGUUUCCUAAUGGCACGUUGUAUAUCAGGCAGGUGCUUCCAGAGCACGAAGGGGACUAUUUGUGCGAGGCAACAAAUGGCAUAGGAGCUGGGCUGAGUGCCAUGGUGACCCUCGUCGUACACGUUCCUCCGGACUUUGAGGUAAAAUCUUCCCAAGCAAUUGUGAGGCGUGGGGCAUCGCAGACCCUCGCUUGUGAAACACAUGGAGACCAUCCUUUGACCAUCUCCUGGCACAGAGGAAACAUGAAAAUCUCGGCCCAUCACAAUCCACGAUAUGAAAUAAAAGAAAGCCCCCUGGAAAAGGGUCUCAUUUCUGAGUUGCACAUCACAAAUACUAUGAAAUCUGAUACUGGAAUCUUUACAUGUAUUGCUGAAAAUCCAUUUGGAAAAUCCGAGCGAACAAUUCACCUUCAUGUUCAAGAUGCCCCAGGCAGGCCGAAAAAUCUUCGUCUUCUUGAUUCUGGAAGCAAGAGGGUGAAGCUAACUUGGCAUGCACCCUCUGACAGCGGCAAUCAUGUGCUCCAGUACACGGUUCAGUACCAGUUGGAAACACGUAAGUAA